AUGACGAGGGCGAUUCUUCGGCAGGAGAAGGGCCUCAACAAGUGCAAAAGCCGCAUGAGUUCCAAUUGCAGGCGAAGAGUGCGAGCAUCUCUCUAUCAAUACCCUGUCUCAUUGCACGCUACGAUGCUCUUCCUGGUGUCUUUGAACAUCUGUCUCAUUCUCCUUGCCGCUGUUUCAGUCGCUCAGGAAGUCAACUACACUUGCCCGGACCCAGCUGUCUACUUCGCGGAGUAUCAUGGACCAUUCUCAGCUGGCAGGUUCAAUCUCUCCUACCAAAGACCGCCAGAGCAUUGCCGAACGUUCAACUCGUCCGAUGCCGAAGACACUAUCUCUCAUGUGAGAGGGCAGAUCUCUGAUCCUGACCUGUCCCGGCUCUUUGAAAAUGCCUUUCCCAACACUCUCGAUGCCGCUAUCCGCUGA